CCGACGGCGCGCCGUUCCCCCCCUGCCUAGAUCGUCCGCCCCUCUGCUCCGAAAUCGACGCCGGCCUCCACCGCCCGCCCGCCCGCCCAUCUGCUGCUCCUGCUCCGGCAUCUCCACCUCCGUGCAGCCCGGCGCGGCCAGAUGGAGGCGGCGGCCGGAAGGGGCCUGGACCUGGCCGGCCCGCUCCGGGACCUCCUCCCGCCGGUGGACUUCUGCUGCGCGUACGGCUCCACCCUCACCCACGCCCGCCCCGACGGCACCUCCAUGGUCGACUACAUCCUCGGCGUCGCCGACCCCCUCCAGUGGCACUCCGAGAACUUGGCGAGGAACCCCACACAUUACUCUAGCUGGAUGGCGCGCCGUGGCCCCGAAGCCGUCACUUGGCUCGCAGAUCGUGUCGGUGUCGGGGUCUACUUUAAUCCCUUUGUCGAGUGGGGAGACAAGAGGAUCAAGUAUGGGGUGGUAGCGAUGAAGGACCUGACGGCGGAUAUCUUGACCUGGGACCAGUUCUACCUAAGUGGCCGACUGCAAAAACCUGUCCAUGUUCUUGUCGAUAACUGGGAUAUAAGGAAGGUUAACACAGUUAAUCUGAAAAUGGCAGCUGCAGCUUCUCUGCUUCUUUUGCCAAAAGAAUUCACAGAGCAUGACCUAUACGCAAAAAUUUGCGGCCUAUCUUAUAUGGGUGACAUAAGGAUGUUAUUUGCCGAAGACAAAUAUAAGGUCAAGAAGAUUGUGGACGGUAGUUUCCAGCCAUUUCAAUUGAUGUACAGACCCCUGAUACAGGAGUAUAUUUCUGAAGGGAUACUGAAGAUGUCAGAUUACAGACAACAAAAGGCUUUCAAGCAGGACUGUGGUGUAUCUGCAACGAAUGAACUGUUCUCUUCUCUCCCGCGUAUGAUCCAAAGGAGACUGCAGGGAAGAUUCACAUCAAAUAGCACAGAAAUACUGACUCACAUACCGACCCGCACGUUGGUUCCAUCGAAAGAGGUGGCAGCGGCAUCCGUCCGCACGGCUCUGAGGCGCCGCGUAAUGGUUUCGAGCGCACGGCAAGCAGCUUGUGGGCUGCUCGCCUCUGGCGGCCUGGUCGCCGCGCGGUACCUGGGGAAGAAAAUGUCCAAGGCCUUGAGCACCCGAUGUUUGACUUUUUUUUAGUAGUUAUUAUACAUACGGAAGUCUUGGCUUCCCCUAGUUUAACAUUUAGGAUAUGUUUGUUGUAGACUUAAAAGAGUGCACUGGUGGGUUGAAUCAAGCAUUAGUGGUUAUAUAACAUUCGUGGUAGUGGAGACGAAACAAAGGAGAAAAUGAUUGUCU